AUGUUGGUGAUAGUGUCGAAUUCUUCUCCACUUUUUCUCCUGUUCGCCCUAUUCUCAUUUGCAUUUCUCUUGGUGACGAGUCGACCGAUAAUUGAGGAAAAAGAUAAGACGAAUCUGGAUAAAUUAUUUGAUAUUCUGAAUAUUACCGACGAUUUCGAUGAAGAUGAGUUGAUUAGAAAUGUGACAAACGAGAAGAGAGAGGAGAAAAAGCCAGUGGAAAAACGCAUCGACCCCUCCACAUUCAUCACUCUUAAAGAAAACGACUGGCGAGAUGCUCACGAGGGUCGAAUGAUCAUCUGGAGCCAUGAAUCCCAACAUCAUCCGGAUUACGGUAAAACGUUCACAGACAGAGAUCGACGGAAGGCGUAUACUUAUCGCCAAUCGAAAUCCUCUCAACUAAUGUCAUUUUGUAUUUUGGGGUCUGUCAUCGGGUUCAUACUAUACACAUAUUUCUCACAUGUGAUCAUGAUGCGGAAGCUUAAUCGAGAAAGAGAAGCGUCGAGGUUGAGGGAACUUGUACAUAGAUCCGCCCUAAUCAUGGCUGGUUCGGCGCACCAAAACGAGUACGACUUUUCGGAACGACGCCAUUCACUUAUCAAUAUGUUCAAAGCGUUUAAAUUGUGA